AUGUAUUUUUUGGUCUCCAGGACUUUAGUUUACCUACGAAGAUUGCUAAGGCUACCACAAGUACAAGCAGUAGUAGGAAAUAUUGUAACUGUUGGAAGAGCUAUAGUAACUGGGCUAGGAACACUGUUGUUCUUUUGGAUUCAAAAUAAUAACGAUGAUAUAUCGUUUUGUCAACUAUCGCGUGCUAAUACAAUGACAGAUCGAAUAUUUUCCCUAAGCGUAGGCAACCGCUAUGAACUUUUGCUUAGGGAUCGCUUACACGUCUGUGAGAAUAUGUUUUUGCUUUGCGAUGGAGGCGAUACUGUGUUCAAAACUACUUGUCAGCGGGACGGUACAUUUCAUCCCCCCCUCCCCACGAGCAACUGUAGAGUUCCUCUGAAGCCAUCUAUUCAGCAAAUCGUAGAUUCAAGCUGUGAACACACUAUGAUCCGGGUGGGAUUUAGGUUUGGUUCUACGUUUAUGGAGCUCUAUCGAAACUGCUACGACAUUAAAACUGCAACUGCACAUUUCUCCAUCAAUAAGGUUUACCCCAUCUAUAUGAGCUCUGAUCGACCGCUGACGGGUUUCGACCGCGAUAAUAUCAUUUCUGCUGCGGAUGCGGAUUCCUUUCAGAAUAAAAAUAUCUACCAGCGGUUUAAGGCACUUUUGGGACCUAGGCAGCCCUAUAUAGCUUCUAUAAAAAGUAGCUCCUUCGACCGAGGACAUCUGACACCCGUUGGCGACUACUUCUUCCCUAGGAUCAUGAAGCAGACAAACAAGUAUAUAAACGUUGUUCCUCAAUACUACAGCAUAAACCGCGGAAACUGGAAGACUGUCGAAACUUGGAUUCGUAAAACUGUCAAAGAAGUACAAGAUGAUGUUCUAAAUGUCUGCACCGGUGCAUUGGGUGUAUUGGAGUUAAGUAACAACAAUCAACAACCUACUCAGAUUUACCUGGUGCCAUCCAAAAUUCGGGUUCCCAGGUGGACAUACAAAAUAAUUCGUAGUGACACCACCUAUAGGAAGUAUGUGAUUUUAACAUCCAACAAUGGAUGGGAAACUUAUAGGCCAAAUUCCUCAUCGGUUUGCCAAGAGGUCGCCUGUCCCUUAUCUUUAUAUACAACAGCUACAGGAUACACCUUUUGCUGUGAUCCAACCGAAUUUAUCAGGAGAAAUGUUCCUAAGUUGGCGGGUGUUUGUUGAGAUCCUAAAUUUAAGAUAUUUUCUUCUUUUUGUUUAAUUUAUUAAAUUGUAUUUUCGGUUACGUAAA